UUCCAUUUGAAAAUCUUGAAAUUCGAGAAGGAAUUUCUUAAGAAAGUGACCUCUAUUUUAACCAAUGAUUUCAAAAAUGUCGAAAUAUAUAGGAUUACUCAUGAUGAAGCAUUAGUGCAUCAGAAAAUUGCAGGUCAAAGCGGGGCUGAAUUAUAGAAGAUUGAUGAGCGAUGGUGGGUUUUUAGGGCAGCUUCUUCUGCAGCAAGUGAGAUCUUCUCUAUAUGGAGUGACUUUCGCGAUGGCGCUCGUAUCUUCCAAUUGCGCCAUGUGCAAUUUAUUUGGCCGAGUGCAUUAUUACAACAUUGGAUUGGUGUCGGGCGUUAUAUCCGGCUUGGCUCUACUUAUCGAAACUGAGGAAAACAAAAACCUGGACGCUUUAAUUUUCGUCAAUAUGGUGCUCGAAUCUGCAUUCAGGAAUGGCGACCACUUCAACGUUUUCAAGCUGACACCGGCUCGCGAGGUUCUAGCCUUCGUGGUGAUAAGCGCCUUCCUGAUGCAGCUUUUACAGACCAGAAAUAUGGAUCUUCAGUUCACACACUUCUGGUUUUAUGUGCCGCUAAUGCCGAUACGGUCAGGCGAGGAUAUUCGGUGCGCUCAUCGACAUCAUUGCUUAAAGUACAUGGGUCAGGGGGUGGCUAAAUAUUUUGGACUAGGUUUCGCUUUAAGUAUUAUCAAGAAACUGAUACCAAAUCUGCUGCUACUGCACAGAGCACCAAGAAGAAUGAUCAGAAUACUCUUCAAUAAACACAAUGUUAGUUUUGGUGCCUUUAUGGGAGCCUAUGUGGGGUUAUAUCGGAUGAUAACGUGCACCCUCAUUAGACGUAAAGGUCCUCAUCGGAGGUAUUUGGGGUUAAUUGCGGGGUUGAUUUCCUCCACUGCUUACGCACUGUCCCCCAAUUUGCAAGUGUUGGUGGUCGGAAUAACCACAGUCCUCCAAUUGCUCUACCACAGCGUUGUGCGAAAGGCUGAACUGAUAUCCGGCGGUCUUCUUCGGCAAAUCAUUUUCAUGCUAUCCAACGGGUUGCUCAUGCAUAACGCCAUCUUGGCGAAACCAACGUGCCCUCGGUAUUACGCUAACAUGGUGGACGUCGUCUCCAACAAUUUGUUUUUGGAAGUUUACAAGAAAUUGGUAGUUCGUUUUGUCCCAUAAAUCUCGAAAAUUUGUCUUUACGCAAUGACGUAGUUCUAAAAACAAAAAAUAUUUCAAAACUUAAUCGUGAGGUCAUUUACUUACUUCCUGUUUGAUUUUUGAUGUUUUUAAUUAAGCACAUACACACACGGGUUUCUCUUGAAACUUGUUUGUUUUUAAGGAAAAGGUAAAUUUAAGUUUGUUGUAAGUACUGCCCAGGUUACGAACUGAAAAUGAUGAAGUUGAAACCUAACCUGGAGCUGAUACAAUUGUGCAGUUACGUCAUAGCGUAAUAUCUGCAUCAAGUUCAUUAUUGGAUGUCGUAAAUUGAUACAGAUAUAGUUUUGAUAUCCGCGUUAAAACAUACGGAUCAUUUUUGAUUACGUCGCCGAGACAUUGAAACAAAAUUGAUAAAUGGUACACCAGCUUCGUCUUAUUAGCGUAGUGAUGAUUUCUCUAAGGUUAAACCACCAGCAUCAUCACGACGGCUAAAGUUUUAAGCAUCUCCGUUGGUAAGCAUGCCAUAAGAAAGAGCAAACUGGGAC